UGAAAUUAUUGUCAGCUGUAUAAUGAAACUAUUUAUACAGAGUUUCACUUCUUUAAGAUAUCCACACGUUGUUUGGCGACGAUCGACGAUACACGACCGACGUGUAACUUAUCAAGUGCAUGUGUACACAUCCUACCAGUAUUGAAUAUCUAAUAUAAUUAUGAAUGAAAGUUACAAAACGGAUUAUUUAAUGCAUAUAAAAAAUGUUGGGAUGCUGUGGUAUAUUGUUGACCCUUUUGAAUCGAGAUUUGAAUCUGUAGCGGAAGUACCCGACUAUCAAUAUCAGGCAUGGUUUCCGUUUUUUAUUCUUAUUAUUAUGGAGCAGUUAGUAUUGUUGGGGAAAAAAAAAAGUACAUUCCGUUUGAAUGAUCAUAUUACUUCACUUUCUCAUUGGAUGCUCCAAGAGUCUGGACGAAUUUUUUUUCGAGGUGCUGAGUAUUAUAUGUAUAUUUAUAUUUAUAAUAAAUAUCAUGUACUGAAUUUACCCUGGAAUUCAUUAUGGACGUGGUACUUAACUCUGAUAGGAGUAGAUUUUUGUUACUAUUGGGUCCAUCGUUUGAACCAUGAAGUACAUUUUUUGUGGUCGCAACAUCAAGUCCACCAUAGCAGCGAGGAAUUCAAUCUUGUGGUUGGCCUCCGGCAGUCAAUAUUACAGCAGUGGUGUAGUUUUAUGUUUUAUUUACCACUGGCAUUAUUUAUACCGCCGUCGAAUUUUAUAACCCACCAUCAAUUUAAUUUAAUUUAUCAGCUGUGGAUUCACACGACUGUUAUCAAUGACCUGGGACUACUUGAAUUUAUCUUCAAUACACCGAAACAUCAUCGUGUACAUCACGGUUGUAAUUUAUAUUGUUUAGAUAAAAACUACGGAGGUGUUUUUAUUAUUUGGGAUAGACUAUUUGGUACUUUUAUGAAUGAAUUGCCGGAUAAAAAUAUUAUUUACGGCCUUGUUGUUAGUCCACGGACAUUUAAUCCAAUAUAUUUACAAACUUUUUAUACAAAAGCGAUGAUUGAUAAAAGUAAAAGUAUGAAAACGAUUAGUGAUAAAUUAUCUGCUUAUUGGAAAGGACCAAGUUGGUUUCCAGGAUCACCAAGACUUGGUCUUGAUGAAUAUAAAAUAAAUGUAACUUCUAGAAAUAAAUAUGAUCCAUUAAUAUCAACUUGGCUGAAGUUGUAUAUACUUCUACAUUUUUCUAUAGCAUUUUAUAUGCAUUUUUAUAUUUAUAGUAAAGAACAAGACUGUGCAUUAUUAAUAAUGAAUAAUAUUUUUGCAUUAACAUCAAUAGGAUUAUUAUUUGAUAAAUUUAAAUAUGCAAAUAUUAUUGAAUUAACUCGAUGUAUAGUGAAUCUAGUCUUAUUCAACAAUAAUAUUUAUUACAUUUCAUAUAUUUAUGUCUUAUCGUCUUGCCUUUGGAUAAUUAAUUUAAUUAAUAGUAAAAAAAAAAACUGUUGAAAUAAAUUAAAAUCUAUUCACAAAUAACUCAAUUAAUAAAUUUAAAAAUAAUUGUUAAUUAACUGAUAUCAUUUUUAAAAGCCUUGAGCCAAUUUUAUAAUAAGAUAACGACAAGCAAUCUUUGGUGAUAAUAUUAAGAGCCAGGCAGCCAUACAAUGUGAAAAAAUUUUCACUUGACUGAAAUAUUAAAAAUUAUUUCUCUUAAA